GCUUAUGCUGGACCUCUAAACAAUAAAUUGUGUUCUGCUGUGUUGCUAUGCCCGUUCAUGAGGCAAGCCAUUUUAAAGUACAGCAUCUUGGAGAUUCCAAAAGAGCAGAAUGGGGAAGGGGUGUACUGCUUUAGGCUAGGGGAAAACAGCAAAAAAAAAAAAAAAAAAAAGUGGAUGAAGUAUAUUCUUAGGGGAGACUUGGACAGCAAACUACAGGAAGUGCUGAGGAAGGAAGAAGGACACCGUGGAUCAUGGUGGAAGGCCCACGUGGACGCAAAGCAGCAAGCACAGACACAGCACAUGACCCCAGGAGCUGCAUCAGCUUUGGAGACCGUCGGACACAUUGCUGGGGAAAGCCAGACAUGAGCGUCCUUCAGCACCGGACACAGCCUAGGAUCCUGCUGGGCUCAGGACCUCCCCUCCCAUCUCUAGUCCCACGAGGAAUGUUUGUUCCCGUUCUCUGCUGGGGGAGUUUUUUCAUGGCGGGGCCUCAUCCUCGACGAAGCUGUGGGACUCAGAGCCAGGCUCUGUGUGGCCCGACGAUCCUGCUGACCCCGGCCUCCUGCAGACCAUGGGCCGCCAUACCCCUGGCCGCAUUUCCAGCUUUUCAAGUGGGAAGAAACCACCCCGCGUCCCAGGACUUGCACUUCUGUGGGCCAUCCUCAGCAAGACAUUUUCAUGGAUAUGAAACUGGACACCGAGUUGACGCUGAAGUUCAGCUUCUGGGUAAUCUUCCAUUUCUGGAUCCUGCUCAUCUUCCUUGUAAAACCCGGCUGGGCCUUCGCCCUGGACAGGAGCAACUGGUUCGGAGUCAGUGGGGUGGGCAGCGGCUCAGCCAUGAAGAAGCCGAGAAGCGAUGUCUGCCUCCCCUCCUCCUCCAGAAGAUCUGGAUGUGA